AAAAUAUACCCCAAGGUGCUUGUACGAACGCACCAUUCUCACACCUGGGUACGAUACUUCAACAACAUACACAAGAUGGGACUUCAGCCGAAAAAUGUUCUUAUCACAGGUGCCAAUAGAGGUUUAGGACUAGAACUUGUUAAGCAGUUUUUGAGGUUACCGUCACCACCUAAGACGUUACUUGCAACAUGCAGAAGUCCAGAAAAUGCAAAGGAUCUAAAUGAUAUCGCUGCCAAACACAGCAAUGUAAAAGUCAUGAAGCUAGACGUAACGAAGCCUGCUGAUAUUGGAGAAUGCACAACUAAAUUAGCUGGAAAUCUAGCCAAAGAGGGACUUAACCUGCUGAUUAACAAUGCAGGCAUUGCCAACAAGAAACAGUAUUUAGGGAAUUUGGAAAAACAAACUCUCUUAGAACAAUUUGACGUUAACAUCUUUGGUCCUAUCCUAUUGUCACAGGCAUUAUUACCAUACAUAAAACAGGCAGCAAUAUCCUCAACGGAUACCAGUUUGAACUGUAAUAGGGCAGCUAUUGUCAAUAUGUCAAGUAUACUGGCAUCUAUUGCUGAAAAUCAAAAUGGCGGACUUUAUCCAUACCGGACUUCUAAGGCAGCUCUCAAUAUGUUGACCAAAAAUAUGAAUUUGGAUCUUAAAUCAGAAGGAAUUCUAUGUUUCUGCAUACAUCCAGGCUGGGUACAGACAGACAUGGGUGGACCCAAUGCAGCCGUAACUAAAGAUACAUCAAUUGCAGGAAUAUUAGAUGUUAUGUCUAAAAUGAAUGGAGAAACAUCCGACAUAUUUGUAGAUUAUAAUGGAAAAUCUUUACCAUGGUGAUCUAUAUGUCUAAACAAUUUAAAAUAAUCCAGAGCUUUCUACUAUAUUAUAUCAAUCAGAAGAAUAUAGCUUAAAUUUGAUAUCAACCAUGCGAAAAGAAAUUGUGUUAUCUAGUCAUAAUUCAAAAUGUUAUAAUCUCAGGGUUAAUUUAAAGGUUGCACGUUUGUUUUAAUGAUGAUGAUAAUAGAAUAUGUUUAAUUGUAAUUAUUUGAUUGUUACUUUUUUUUAAUAACUCAUCAAAUAUA